AUGAGCUUCCAUACUGCAGAACCGAGGACCUCGUUCUUGGGAGAUGAGGAGGAGGUGAGAGCAUGGGACUUGAAGGAUGAAUUCAGACAUGCACCAAAAAAGCCCGAAGUCGAUCCUUGGAAGAUCUUGUUGGAUCCAUUGCUGGAGAGAGAAAAGAAGCGCUGCGACUCAUGGAACACCGAAAUCCAAAAUCUCCUCAUCUUUGCUGGUCUUUUUUCAGGUUUGGUAACAGCCUUUAUCAUUGAAUCCUACAAGACUUUACAACCCGACCCAAAUGACGAUAUUGUUGCCAUCCUGUCAUCCAUUUCUCAACACAUCAGUAAUUCGUCCAACCAUAGCUCAGCCGCGACUCUUCCAUCGUCGACGUUCAUACCGCCUCGUGCAGCAGUGAGAGUCAAUGUGUUUUGGUUUAUAAGCCUGAUACUCAGCCUAACCGUCAUUCUUUCCGGUAUCAUUACUAUGCAAUGGCUCCGAGAACAUCAAGCCUACACAGGACAAUCAUCGAAGGAUAUGAUUGCUAUUUUGAAUAUGCGAGUUGAAUCCCUGGAGAAGUGGCAUGUGAAAAACAUCAUUACUACAUUUCCUCUUGUCCUUGCACUCGCCCUUGUGUUGUUUUUCGCUGGUAUAAUUGACUUUCUACAUGUCUUAGGGAACCAUACAGUUCUUGUUGCAGUUGCGGUCGUGAUAACCAUCACCCUCAUACUCCUCGUGGCAAGCACAACUCUCCCUUCCGCUCAAUGUACGUUUUUAUACCUGUGGCUUGGACACCAAGAUCCUCCUUCGCCGUGCCCUUAUAAAUCACCGCAGUCGGGGUUCUUCCACAGUGUUUGCUACUAUAUCUCUUCGUUCUUCUCUCGUCAUCGAAUUCAAUUCUUUAUCGCGCUCGGGAAGUGGUUUAGGGGUCUCACAGCGUUGAACGCGAGGAAUAAACAUGCCCUAUUAUAUCUCACGGACACCUGGUCGAAGAAAACCUGGUCGGAAGUUGAUUUAUGUUGGUUAUCCAUUCGAGAGGCUUGCUUAUUCCCACCUGAACUGGAUGGAUACCACGAUUUCCUUGAUCGCAAUGGCAUUUCUCCCCUCUUUGACAUUACUAAAACCUUCAAAGGGAUAAUCGAAGGGGUCAAGCUCUCCAGCGAGAUGCUCUUUGCCGUGUACCAUUGUUUCUAUGAAAUAUCAGCUCCUUUCGUGUCUAGAGACCAUCCAAAGCGCAAGGCACCUACCAAAACCAACGAGAUUGAUCAGACGUUUGAAAUGAUUCGAUGGCGAAACGACUACUUUCAUUCGCUCAUACACGGUCCAGAUGACGCGAAUAUUUUGAAAAUUACCUUUCUCCCAGUCAAGGGAGACCCAAAUGCUCGAAAACGAUUUCAUGCUAAUAUAAACAUAUUACACCACCACAGCCUCUUUGCUUUUGUAGAUCGGCUCAAAGGUCAAUACCCAACGGAAUUCACAGAUCAUCGGGUUGAAAUUUCUAUUCGUCUGGCCGAUAACCUGUACAGUAGAUGGUACGAAACCUCACAUGCAGAGCAACACCCGUUGCCGCCGUAUCUAAAGGGGCACACCUUCGACCAGCGUCGCUGGAAAACAUUCAAGCAUAAUAUAACAGUCCCUGUGUUCCAGCAAUAUGUCUACUUAUUAUCAGCCUUUUUUAAAGGCGUGACUCACUCUAAACAUACCAUCUCUUCAAACGAUUUACUUGCUCACGAAGAUGUAAUCGGCUUUCUAGAAAAUGCAGCAUGGGAUACCUUUCGAGUUGUAGCCGCUCAAAGCCUCCGCACCCUUCCUCCAUCCGAGCGCCGAAAGGCUCUGACAGCGUUUAAAAGCUUAUUGACAAAAAUGACAUCUUUUCUCAUGUGUUUAACUCAGCCGACACCCGAGAUCGUUCCUGCCAAUCCCAUUCAUCUUCUGGUGUUUUGUGCGAUCUACGUACGGAGGCUUAACUCAUGGCGCUUUCAAUCACAAGUUCCAAUGAUGGAUCAGCAAGCUACGGGUUUCUUGGAAGAAGCUAUAAUCAAUAUACGGGACUGUAAACAAGCCAUCAUCGACAAACAUGGGUUCUCCUACCCAGAAACGCUUAAAUGGUUUGUAAAACAAGAUCAAUUUGGAUCCGUUGAUAUGUUUUCCGAUCAAUGGUGGCGCUUCCUCUAUGGGAAAUACGAUGAAUACUGCCAGGACUCGGAGAAGUCAGUGAGAAAGGAACAAAAAUCCCCUUCCACUUUGCCCAUGACAUCCGCGGCUUCGCGACCAACGGUACCCAUGGGAGGCUUUCGAAUCCCUGUUCCGCCCUCAUUUCCGGCUGCCACCUCAAUGUCCUCUGUAUAUUCAGACGAAUCUUAUGCGUCGUCCGGUGAAGAUUCCCCCAUCACAAGCACGUAUAGCAGUUUGUUUUCCACACCCAGCCUACUUCCGAGGGGAGACUAUCUACAUCCAUACCCUCCAAAAUCGUCAAGUAGCCUUCGAGGUGGAAGUAGUAACCGCCUUCGAAUCACUCCACCAGUGUCCAUACAGAGAAUUGCCGCCAUGGAAUUGCCACAGCAAGCAUCGAAUUCUACGCCACAACCUUCAGACCAGAUUCCAGAACCGGAUCGUUCCCCCUCUGAUUUCCCGUACACUGCUCAGACAUGA